CGUUACGAUACAUAACUUUUAUUUGUACAGUAUUUGUGUUUGUAUAUUAUUACAGAAAAUAAGUAAAUACGAUCAACAAAAUGAGGACGAUUUUCACUUUGUACUGCAUAACUGCAUACAAGGGUGAUUUUUGUACUCGUGAAUAGUAGAAGUACAAUUGCAUUAACUGCAUAACGAUCCAGUUUACGUUGAUGGGGAUAUCUAGUAAAACUCCCAGUGAGGUUCAAGUAAAGAUGUUGAUGCUUGGAUACAUAGCUGCUGGGAAAACAAGUCUCAUUGCUAGGUUCAUUCAGAACAGAUUUCACAAUGCGGACCCUACGAUUGGCGCUGCUUUUGUUUCAAAGAAGAUUGAAGCUCUUGGAAAAAGAGUAACUCUCAAUAUAUGGGACACGGCCGGUAGCGAACGGUACCAAUCUAUGACUAAAAUGUAUUAUAGAGGCGCUCGUGCAGCCAUACUGUGUUACGACCUUACUGAAAGAACAAGUUUUGAUAAAAUUAGGUACUGGGUUGGAGAACUUCAAGAAAACGAACAACAUUGUCGCAUUUAUUUAUGCGGUACAAAGAAAGAUUUGAUCGACAAUGACACGAGAACAAGAGCCGUACCACAGAAUGAAGCUGGGAUAAUAGCACAGGACUUGCAAACGGAACACUUUGAAACGUCAAGUUUAACUGGUGAAAAUGUAGAAGCAGUAUUUCAACGAAUAGGAGAAGAUUAUGUUAGAAAUAUGCAUAGUUAUCCGGAAAAUCAACCGAAACAAGAAGACGAUACCCAACAAGCCUUUCAUAUAGGUAAAUCUGAAGAGAAAGGAACAACUUCAUCCUGCGCGCUGGGUUCUUGUUUUAAACGGUGAAAGUUUACAAAAAGCUCUGAAAGUGUGUUGGGUAAUUAUGAACGUGCACAUGAGUGAUCAUUAAGCGGAUGUUUGGGUAGAUGAAAGGCUUGUCAGAUUGUGUGGUGUCUCUUUAAAGCACGUCAGGGUAUUGCUGAACAUUCUUUUUGUCAAAUAUCACUGUUUGUAGAAAAAUAUAUUUCCGCUGUUGUUGAUAUCAGGCUUAUUGCUUGACGUAAUCAUCCACCGAAAUGAGUUGUGAAAUGAACGCUAUAGACAUGGUGUCACGCACACCAUGAAAUCGACAAUUAUGUUAACAACUUCUAUUUUCAAAGGUUUAUAAUAUAUCAGCAUUUUUGAAGUAAGAUUAAAAAAAACUUAACAAAUGUACAUUAUUUUUGUUCUUUAUUAAUGAACUUUUAAACAACUACAUUUGGUGUUAAGAAGGAAAAAUUCUUCUUAUUUUAAAGAAAGUUGAACGUAAAAAGAAACAAUUUAAAGCUCACUGCUUAGAUUUUUGCAUUUAUGCUAUUUUUUGAACAAAUCCAUAUCUUUAAGUUAUUCUUGAUAUUCCUUUAUGAUUUAGAAUUAUUUAUAGUCUUUAAAGUGUAAUAUGUUUUAUUGAUGGCUUGAAUUUCAUUUUUUUUUUAAAUUAAACAUCAUGUAAAUCAAAUGCAUAUAAUGAUAUGAUUAAUUGAUGCUUUGAGGCAACCUUAUUUAUGUUAUCUUUCAUCUCGUUAUGUUUGUAAAUUGUUAUAGAUUGUUAAUUUGUUGACUUUGUAUUUUGACUGUUAUGGUCAAAUAUCAUUUAAUUGGCGUCAAAAAUAUGUGUGUAUUAUGUGUGUUGCAUUAUUGCCGUAAUAUGUUGUUUUGUGAAAUAAUAUCGAUCUAAGGCUAUUUAAUAGUCAUUUUGUUAAGUAAACUAUUUUAUAUCAUU